AUGUCAGAAGAGCAAACAGUACCACAGCCUGAGGGCAUCCCAGAAUCUUCUUCUGCGGAGACCUACCAGGUUCCGAGCGCAUUUUUCGACAAACACCCGAGUAAGCCUCAUCUUGACAACCUAGACCAUUACCAUGCCAUGUACAAGGAGUCCAUCGAGGAGCCCGACAAAUUCUGGGCCAAACUGGCACGCGACCUUUUGACUUGGGAGCGCGAUUUCCAAACUGUGCACUCAGGUACCCUGGCCGGCGGCGACAAUGCCUGGUUUUUGGAAGGCAAACUCAACGCAUCAUACAACUGCGUUGAUCGUCACGCCGCCAAGAAUCCAGAUAAGCCAGCCAUUAUUUACGAAUCUGAUGAACCGGGCGAAGGCCGUACCAUCACAUAUGGCGAAUUGUUGCGCGAGGUGUCAAGGCUCUCCUGGGUCCUAAAGCAGAUGGGCGUCAAGAAGGGCGAUACUGUCGCCAUCUAUCUUCCUAUGAUCCCAGAGGCACUUUUCGCCUUCCUGGCUUGCACCCGUAUCGGAGCCGUGCACUCAGUCGUAUUCGCUGGCUUCAGCUCCGACUCUCUUCGCGACCGAAUCGUCGAUGCUCAAUCCAAAGUCGUCAUCACCUCUGACGAAGGGAAGCGUGGCGGCAAGCUGAUUGGCACCAAGAAAAUUGUUGACGAGGCUCUGAAGCAAUGCCCCGGCGUCUCACACUGCCUCGUCUUCAAGCGAACUGGCGCCGAAAUUCCUUUCACUGAGGGCCGUGAUUGGUGGUGGCACGAGGAGACGGAGAAGUGGCCGAACUACUACCCUCCGGAGCCAAUGUCCUCAGAGGAUCCUCUCUUCCUGCUAUACACCUCGGGUUCGACUGGUAAGCCCAAGGGUGUGAUGCAUACUACCGCUGGUUACUUGCUCGGAGCCGCUGCGACUGGCAAGUAUGUCUUCGACAUUCACGACUCGGAUACUUUCUUCUGUGGCGGUGAUGUCGGAUGGAUCACUGGUCACACCUAUGUCGUGUACGCCCCAUUGGUCCUUGGUGUUGCGACUGUGGUCUUCGAAGGCACACCGGCCUACCCGAACUUCAGCCGCUACUGGGAAAUCUGCGAGAAAUACAACGUCACCCAAUUUUAUGUCGCACCCACUGCUCUCCGUUUGCUGAAGCGGGCGGGCGACGACCAUGUCAAGCAUCAAAUGAAGAGUCUGCGAGUGCUGGGUUCAGUUGGAGAGCCAAUCGCUGCCGAAGUGUGGAAGUGGUACCACGAGAUCAUUGGAAAGAAGGAGGCACACAUCGUUGACACGUACUGGCAAACCGAGACCGGAUCACACGUCAUUGCGCCUCUUGGUGGCAUCACUCCCACCAAGCCAGGCUCUGCCUCACUUCCUUUCUUCGGCAUCGAGCCCGCCAUCAUCGACCCUGUCAGCGGUGAGGAGAAGAAGGGCAAUGAUGUAGAGGGCGUUCUGGCCUUCAAACAAGCAUGGCCAUCGAUGGCCCGCACAGUCUAUGGUGCUCACAAGAGAUAUAUGGACACAUACCUGAACGUCUACAAGGGCUACUACUUCACAGGAGACGGUGCUGCUCGUGACAAAGAGGGUCACUACUGGAUCCGGGGACGUGUCGACGAUGUUGUAAACGUCUCUGGUCACCGUCUUAGCACUGCUGAGAUUGAAGCCGCACUCAUUGAGCACAAGGCUGUCGCCGAGGCCGCUGUCGUUGGUGUCAGUGACGAGCUCACUGGACAGGCAGUCAACGCAUUCGUGUCCAUCAAAGACGGCCAUGAAUUGAACGACCAACUGAAGAAGGAUCUGAUCCUGCAAGUGCGGAAAUCGAUUGGACCUUUCGCAGCACCAAAGAUCGUUUUCACGGUGCCUGAUCUGCCAAAGACGCGCUCUGGCAAGAUCAUGCGUCGUAUCUUGCGGAAAAUUUUGGCAGGCGAGGAGGAUCAGCUGGGUGAUACUUCUACACUUGCUGACCCAUCGGUCGUGGACACGAUCAUCGCGACUGUGAAGGAGUCAAAGGGUAGCAAAUAG